AUGCUCCGCACACCUCCCAAAACACGCCCGGCAAGGAACCCGGAGGCCGAUUGGGGGGCCCGGACUCAAAUACAGAGCUCGGAUGAGCCUUGCACCAGUCGAGAAAGCAGUAUGGAGAGACUGUUUUCGAUUCCCGAGUUGCCCUCCACCUCCGCGUCGCCUCCCGCACCGCUAGAUACGGUAAAUGCCAAAAAGAAGACAAAAAUCUCUAAUAAGGUACCCAUCGUUCUCCCUGCGACCGCAGCUGACGUGAGUGAUCUGCCGAUACUCAACAGCACAGUAUGUGGCCUCGUGACAGCGAUAUGCAUAGCGGUCGCAGAGGGAAAGAGCGUUACCUCUCGUAACAAAUCACUUAUCACUAUGGCAGCUUCCGAGAUUAAAAAUGCAAUAGAUAUCUUUACUAGCUUAAACCUGGAAACCUACGCCCGCACACCACAGUCCCCCACCAUAGACAGAACUUACUCGAUCGAAAGACCUCCCCUCGUCUCAGGCGAAGACUUAAAAGCACUGACGGACAGCCUACACUCCAAAAAAUCGGAAUGUGUAAAACAUGAGAUGGCCACCAUUAAGGAAAGCCUCAUCUCCAACCCCGCACCCCCUCAACCUACUUAUGCCCAAAUUGCAUCAACAUCUCAAUCCCGUAAGAAACCGAAAUCCAAGCCCAGCUUAGUAAUUACUGUCAAAGCCCCUGUAAAAUCUAAAGCUGAGCUAAUAGACAAGUGGCAGAGGAACUCAACAUUUAAAAACAGCGGCUUCGCACCAGAAAAGAGAGACGCCACCAUAGACACCAUCCAAAGCUCGACAGAAUUGAACGCAGAGGUCCCUAAAAGACUGAAGCCCAUGCUCAUUCUGAAAGGCAUCAGCAAAAACAACGAUAAAAACGAAUUAAUUGAUACCAUCAUUAAACAAAACCCCGAAGUAGGCGACACUGAUAUAGACAUGAAAGUUCAAUUCACCACAAACAAUAAACACCCCGCCCUAUAUAACGCUAUACUUCUCGUCUCCCCUCACGUAUUUAACACCUGCAUCGAGAAGGGUAGAAUAAACAUCGAACAUCAGAAGAUAAAUGUAUCCGAGCACAUCCCGCUGCUGCAGUGCUUUAAGUGCUUGAUAUUCGGGCACACUUCAAAGCACUGUAGCAACACUCAAUCCAACUGCUCCCACUGCGCCGCUCCCGACCACCGGACCACCGUCCUAUGUUAUAACUGCAAAAAUCAUAACACCAAAUUUAAUCUUAAAAAUGCAACCAAUCACUCAUCCACCUCACCUGCAUGUCCGCGUAAGUUAGCGGCUGCUGAAAAAGUAAAAUACAACAUAGACUAUGGCUGC